ACAUAAUGGAUUUAUCUGGUUCUGUUGGAAGUUCUCAGGGCGAUAAGGAGAAGGCUGAGGCCCUGUUAACAUUACAAAAGGCUGUCCAAUCGCAGAAGUUGACUUUAAAGAUGUUAGGUGUUUGUUUUGAGCGUUGUGUUUCUUCUCCUGGUGAGUCGUUGACCAGUGCUCAGCAGACUUGUCUUUGGCGUUGUGCUCAGCGUAACAUUGAGACGCAAUAUUUUAUUAUUAAGCGUCUUGAGGGCAUGGCAUCUUCUAUGAAGGCUGGGGAUGUAUAGAUUCUUAUAUUUAUCCCUUG